CUUGUGUCAAAAUUCACCGGGAUGUGAAGGGUUAACCUUACCUUCGCAGUGCAUUGUGGGAUAGCGAAUGAUCAGCGAUGGCGGCGAGACCAAAGCAGCUGAAAGUUUUCAUUGUAACAUUUCUGCAUGUAACACUCAUUUCCCUGAACUCAGUGAGCGGCGCUGCGGGCGUGACGUGGGACGAGAGCGGAUACAUUCUGUACUGCCCGUGCAUGGGUCGCUUUGGAAACCAAGUGGAUCAUUUUCUUGGAUCACUGGCUUUUGCUAAAAUGCUGAACCGAACUCUCGCGGUCCCGCCGUGGAUCGUGUACCGCCAUCACGCGCCCCCUUUCCAAAACGUGCACGUCCCUUACAAUGAGUAUUUCCAGCUGGAGCCGGUGAAGCAGUACCACCGUGUGGUGAGUCUGGAGGACUUCAUGGAGCACUUGGCUCCUGAGCACUGGCCCCGCGGUCAGAGAGUCGCCUACUGCUUCGAGUCGUCCGCUCAGAGGAGCCUGGACAAAAAGAGCUGUCCGAUGAAGGAUGGAAAUCCUUUUGGUCCGUUCUGGGACCAUAUUGGAGUCGACUUUGACCGUUCCAUUCUUUUUGGAGGUCUUUCAUUCAGUUCCUACUACCAGCCACACUGGAUAAAGAGGUUUCCUCCAUCAGAGCAUCCCGUUCUCGCUCUUCCAGGAGCCCCAGCGCAGUUCCCUGUCCUGGAGGAGCACACUGGACUGCAGCAGUAUGUGGUGUGGUCAGACAAACUGGUGCAGGAGGGAGAAGGCCAUAUCAACACCCUGCUAAACAGACCCUAUGUGGGCAUCCAUCUGAGGAUUGGCUCUGAUUGGCAAAACGCCUGCAAGCUUCUGAAGACGGGUGAUACUGGGCCUCACUUCAUGGCGUCUCCUCAGUGUGUGGGAUACGACCGUCAAACCGCCCUGCCGCUGACCAUGACCAUGUGUUUACCGGAUCUGUCCGAGAUCCGCCGUGCCGUGAAGCUCUGGGUGAAGAACACCGGAGCUCAGUCAGUGUACGUAGCCACCGACUCGGAAUCGCACACCGCAGAGAUUCAGAAACUCUUCAAGGGCAAGGUGAAGGUCGUGAGCUUGCAGCCGGACACUGCUCAGGUCGACCUGUAUAUCCUCGGCCAGGCCGAUCACUUCAUCGGCAACUGCGUUUCGUCCUUCUCAGCGUUUGUUAAAAGGGAGAGAGAUGUUCACGGGAAACCUUCAUCCUUCUUUGGCAUGGACUACCCAGGAAAAAGGAAAAGAAAAGAAGAACUCUAAUGAAAUAAAAGGUUACGUUUUUGUAACUGUGAAGACUGGAUGAUGUUUCGCAUGUUUCAGGUGUCUGUUUAGUUUUUGAACAAGAAAAUUUGGAUAAAUGCUUCAAGUACUUAAAUGAAGGGAGACCAAAUUAUUAUUAAUUUCUCUGGACACUGCAUAUCUCCCAUUUUGCACUACUAUCUUAACUGUGAGCAGCCAAACCAGAACCAAAUGCUCCACAACAUUUGGCUCCAUAUUUCUUCUAGAAGGAAAUGUGAGUAUUUGUCAUUGCAUAUCAAUUACAUAUUUGUACUGGAUUAUCUGUGUAGAUAAUUUAAGGAUGGAAACUGACUCCUGUGGCAGAGAGACUAGUCAGAAUCAGUCAGGUGUAAGCAGUGUGAAAGUGCACUUUUCAGUUGAAGGCCUCCAGAGUCAUCAGAUGAUGAAGUGAUUUCUGAAAACGAAUAUAGGAAUGCAUCACUGUAUAAACAUAACAUUGAAUGCAUGUCAUACAGAUUUUCUGCUGUCUUACAGUAAUGCAGGUUGACAUUUAUUGAAAGUCGGUGUGAAACCAAAUGACAAGUGUUUUUUAAGUGUUUUAAUUUGUUUGUAAUUGUUAGUAAUUUUGUAUGACUUCAGAAGACAUUCCUCAAAUUACUUUAUCAAUAAAAAAUAAAACAAGCAGUA